AUGGCGACAUCAAAAUCUUCUUCUGUAUCUGGUCGACCUCUUGGAGAGCAGGCAAGAGAAAUUGUGUAUAAAGUUGCAGAACACUUGAAAGGAAUGAAGAAAGAACAUGAUUUGACAUUUAAUUUGGCCGAGGAAACAUCAACAGCUACAGAACCAAGCGUUAUAGUGAUGGACAAUGCAAAAUACCAUUGCGUAGAGGAAGACAAAAAACCAACAAGUGGUUCUUUGAAGAAGAACAUUCAAGACUGGCUUCAUAAACACAACAUUGACUAUGACGAAAAUUUUACCAAAGUAGAACUUUUGAUGUUGGUGCAAAACGUCCAGAGGGAGCCGGUGUACAAAAUAGACCAGCUUAUUAACAAUUUUGGACAUCAAGUGCUGCGACUGCCACCAUAUCACCCCGACCUCAACCCCAUUGAGUUGGUAUGGGGAGCUAUAAAAGGACAGGUUGCUAAAGAUGUAGCUGCAAAGACAUUGGACCAAAAAAUGAGACUUUGUGACAGUCUGUUUACGUCAUACACUGCAGAAGAAUGGAAGAAAUGUUGUGAACAUGUCAAAAAGGUCGAACAAGAUUACUGGGAAAAAGACCAUAUAAUAGACAAUGAAAUCGACAGACUGAUAAUUUCAGUAAACCAAAAUGAAUCUGAGGAUGACAGUGAUAUCAGUGAUUUCAUUACCGAUUCGGAAUAG